UCUAAGCCCUCCUAUUUGUCCACCCCAUCUUCCUCAUGUAAACCCUAAUUUGCACACUACAACCAGAACUAUGCUCUUCCAUUUCUAAUUCAGAUCUCCUUCCUACGAUACAAAAACACUAUUGCAGUGUCCAACACCGGCUAUUUCUUCCCUCUUGCUUCUUCAUAUUUUCCUUCCUUUCACUAUCCUCUGAAGGACCCUGCAGAUCGCUCUCUAAAGUUUCCCCUUCUUUCCCCCUCACUGCUCCCAAGCCGCCGGAGCCAUCUCUUCUUCCUCUUCAUUCCAUCUCCUAAACUUACCGUAGAAAGUGCACCCAACAACGAAACAAAGCAGGAGCAUAUGCAAUUAGGUAGAAGGAAGUGGAGCAUAAACUAGGGAGGCAAAAGAAAAAGCAAAGAGGAGGGGGAAAUGUCAAAAACACUUGUGCAGCCAAUAGGGCAAAAGCGGCUAACAAAUGUUGCAGUGGUUCGUCUAAAGAAGCAUGGCAACCGCUUUGAGGUUGCCUGCUACAAGAACAAGGUCCUCUCUUGGCGCUUUGGUGUAGAAAAGGAUCUGGAUGAAGUGUUGCAAUCACAUACUGUGUAUUCAAAUGUUUCGAAAGGAAUUCUUGCUAAGACAAAAGAGCUUGUUGCAGCCUUUGGGACCGAUGAUCAGGAAAAAAUAUGUUUGGAGAUUUUGGAGAAGGGUGAGCUUCAAGUUGCUGGUAAGGAGAGAGAAUCUCAGUUAUCAAGUCAAUUUCGGGAUAUUGCUACAAUUGUCAUGCAGAAGACCAUCAAUGCUGAAACUAAACGUCCUUACACUAUUAGCAUGAUCGAACGAUUGAUGCACGACAUUCAUUUUGCUGUUGAUCCACAUAGCAGUUCAAAGAAGCAGGCACUUGAAGUAAUCCGUGAGCUUCAAAAGCACUACCCAAUUAAUCGAUCUCCAAUGAGACUCCGUCUCACUGUUCCUCAGCAAAAUUACUCUUCUCUGUUGGAGAAGCUAAAUGUUUGGAAUGCUAGCAUUGUGUCAAAAGAUGAAUCUGCAACUCAGCCAUAUGUUAUAUGUGAAAUGGAGCCAGGUUUUUAUCGGGAUUGUGAUGCCUUUGUAAGGAAUCUGCAGGGCAGAUUGGAAAUUCUUGCAGUAGCAGUGCAUGCAGAGGGGGACACCAGCGUGGAUCACUAUGAUGAUUAUGAAGAAGCGCCAUUACGGGUGCCUGCAGAAUCUGCUAAUUCUGUGCCUGAUUUAACUGAGAAAACGCAGAGCCUGACUCUCUCCCAUGGAAGAAGUGAACCUAUCGAUUCCGGGCUUGUAUCAAGUGAGAAAAUGAAGAAUGGGAAAUCUGAAGAGGAUGUAAAGCAAAAUAAGUGCAGCACAUGUAAUGCUUAUGUUGGGGAUUCCAAGCAGUACAGAGAGCAUUGUAAGAGCGAAUGGCACAAGCACAACUUGAAGCGUAAGACCAAGGAACUCCCACCACUUACAGCAGAGGAAUGCUUGGCUGACAUGGAGAUUUAUGACCCCAAGGCAGAUCUGAAGGAUUAUUCAUUUUGAAGUGACAGUAAGGAGUUUGUAUGGUUUUUGGUAUUUGUUUAUAGGGCCGUUCUACUUAUCUUUUGCCCUGAACCCAGAUCAUAUACAUAUAUAUAUAUAUAUAUAUAUUAUAUGCGUGACAACCAAAACUACA